AUGGCCGAGAACAUUUACAGCAAGGGAACCAGGGUAUGGUUCGCCGACAAGGAGCAGGGAUGGAUAUCAGCAGAAGUCACGUCUGUGGUCAGGAACCCCGACGACGCGGUGAAACUCAUAUUCGUGGACGAACGCGGUAAAGAAAUUACUAUUGACACGACUGUCCAAGACAUUCGGAAUGGCAAGGACGAUCUACCUCCACUUCGAAAUCCACCUUUACUGGAGACUGCUGACGAUUUGGCAACACUUUCGCAUCUCAAUGAACCCUCAGUACUGCAUACCAUUAGAAACCGUUAUGCCCAGCAUAGCAUCUAUACCUACAGUGGUAUCGUCUUGAUUGCCAUGAACCCCUUCCAACGCGUCACCCUCUAUGGACCUGAGAUCAUUCAAGCGUAUAAUGGUCGCCGUAGAGGAGAGCUCGAGCCACACUUGUUCGCCAUUGCUGAGGAUGCGUACACGGCCAUGAGUAGAGACGGUACGGGCCAGACCAUCAUUGCGAAAUUCAUCAUGCGUUACCUCGCAUCGGUGAAUCCUCCUGGUGCCAAGUCAAGAGGGAAGACAAAGUCCUCUCUCGAUGAGUCAAGUGAGGUCGAACGCCAGAUUCUUGCGACAAACCCCGUUCUUGAAGCCUUCGGUAACGCGAAAACGACACGAAACGACAACUCUUCUAGAUUCGGUAAAUAUAUCCAGAUUCUCUUCGACGGAAACCAAGAGAUUGUCGGUGCUCGGAUCAGAACCUAUCUUCUUGAACGCUCGCGAGUGGUUUUCCAGCCACUCACCGAACGUAACUACCACAUUUUCUACCAACUGUGCGCUGGCGUCCCCUUGAAGGAACGAAAAGACCUUGGCCUUGACACGGAUGUUUCGAAAUUCCAGUAUCUCUGCCAGGGUGGCCCUCAGUCAACACCUAUCCCCGGUGUAGACGAUGCUGACGAGUUCCGGCAAACGCAGACUGCGUUGUCGACCAUUGGUAUCAGCGUGGAGAAGCAAUGGGCUGUCUUCAAGCUGUUGUCCGCAUUGCUGCACCUGGGCAACAUCAAGGUCACCCAGAUGCGGAACGAUGCCAUUAUUGACGAUGCGGAUCCUGCACUGCAACUUUCGACGAGGUUCCUUGGUGUCCCGUUGGCUGACUUCAAGAAGUGGACGGUUAAGAAGCAGAUCACUACCCGCUCGGAGAAAAUUGUUUCGUCGCUCAAUGCAGCGCAAGCUACCGUCGUCCGAGAUAGUGUUGCGAAAUUCGUCUAUGCUUGUCUCUUCGAGUGGCUUGUGGCUAUUGUCAAUGAGUCUCUCGCUGGCGAAGGUGGAGAGGCUGCGAGCCGCGCUGAAAUGUUCAUCGGUGUGCUGGAUAUCUAUGGUUUCGAGCACUUCAAGAAGAACUCUUUCGAACAAUUCAGUAUCAAUUACGCCAAUGAGAAGUUGCAACAGGAGUUCAACGCGCAUGUCUUCAAGCUCGAACAGGAGGAGUAUGUUCGCGAGAAGAUCAACUGGACAUUCAUUGAGUUCUCCGAUAACCAGCCAUGCAUCGACGUCAUCGAGGGUAAGCUGGGUGUCAUGGCCUUGCUAGAUGAAGAAUCUCGCCUACCAUCCGGCACCGACGCAUCGUUCCUGCAGAAACUCCAUACGCAACUAGGCAAGCCCGAGAAUGCGAAGGUCUUCAAGAAACCACGAUUCGGCAAUUCGGCGUUCACUAUUGCGCAUUAUGCUCUGGACGUAACAUACGAGGCUGAGGGCUUCCUCGAGAAGAAUAGGGAUACUGUGCCGGAUGAACACAUGGCUCUCCUCAUGGGAACGAAGAACGCCUUCUUGAAGGAGGUUCUAGAUGCCGCAUUCGCCGCGACGAAGGCACCUGAUGCUGCUCCGCCAAGCUCGCCGACACCGUCUGACAAUGCGAGUGGAUCUUCACGCCGCUCUUCUGUAAUCCCUGACCCUGGCCGUCAAUCCAUCAUCGCAUCGGCCGCUUCAUCUGGUCCAAAAAGACCAGGAGGCGUCGUCCGCAAGCCUACCCAGGCAUCCAUCUUCAAGGCGUCUUUGGUAAACCUCAUGGAAACUCUGCACGUCACCAAUGUCCACUACAUCCGGUGCAUAAAGCCUAACGAGCAAAAGAAGGCAUGGGAGUUUACGCCUCAGCAGGUCUUGGGCCAGUUGCGCGCUUGUGGUGUUCUGGAGACUAUUCGCAUCAGCUGUGCCGGCUAUCCUUCGAGAUGGAUUUACGAGGAAUUUGCGGAGCGAUACUACAUGUUGGUUCACUCCUCAGAAUGGGGUCCGAUGACUGCAAAUCUCGAACUCAAGCCAUUAUGCUCCCUCAUCCUUGAACGUACUAUCAACGACCCAGAUAAAUACCAGGAAGGUCUAACAAAGAUUUUCUUCCGUGCUGGUAUGCUUGCGGCCUUGGAAUCACUUCGCUCGGCAAGAUUGAACGCAUUGGUCACCAUCGUACAAAAGAACAUGCGGAGACGCAUGGCGGUGAAACGCUACAAGGAGCUGCGGCGAGCGACAAUCAAGAUCCAGACGUGGUGGCGUGGUAUCCUCGCUCGAAGACUGGCCAACUCCAUUCGUCGCGAGGUGGCUGCGAUUCGUCUGCAAUCUGGUGUUCGGCAGUUCCUCCAACGACAGAAGUUCUUUUCCGUCCGGCGCGGCAUCAUCUGCUUCCAGAGUGCCGCACGAGGAGCACAAGCUCGAGGGAAGUUCGCGCAUCACCGCACAACAUUCGCUGUGGUACUCCUCCAGCGUCUGUGCCGGGGAAUACUUUUCCGACGAUUAUACCGCAUUGAUGUCCAGCGUGUGAUCUAUAUUCAGUCCUGCAUCCGUCGGCGUCUGGCUCGGAAGGAAUUGAAAGCUCUCAAAGCCGAGGCGCGAUCAGUAUCCAAGUUCAAGGAGAUCUCGUACCGACUGGAGAAUAAGGUCGUCGAAUUAACGCAGAAUCUGCAGAGGCGCACUGAAGAGAAGAAGGAGCUGCAGGCUAAACUAGCAGAUAUCGAGCUCCAGCUCCAACAAGUCGUCUCGAAAUAUGAAGAUUCUGACGGUCGUGCAAAGGGCUUCCAGUCUGAGCUGCAGACCGCACAACAGGAGCUCAGCCGCAGAGACGAGCUCUUGGCCGCGAAAGCGGAUGUGGAGAAACGAUUGGAGGAAGCUCUUGCGAAAGCAGCCGAGAAGGAAGAGGCUGUUCAGAAACUCACUGAUGCGCUUGCCGAACAGGCCGCUCGGCUGGAAGCACAACAAAAGGCUAUUGAGGACGCCCCAAUUCGAAACCCUGACGAUAAUUCUAUAAUCCUUACGCUCAAGAAUGAAGUCAGCAACCUCCGAGAACAGCUCAACCGCGCUAAUGCACUGAACGUGUUGACUCGUGGUACUCGAGCAGAGCCUACCUCCCCUACAUUCGCCACGGGCCUACGACUAGGCGAUGUUCCCGCUGCUAAUGGUGCCGCUAAUGGUAAUGGGGCUGCGGCUGCAGCCCGCGCCCACCAGCGCAGACAUAGUUCGGCAGGUAUCUAUGCCAUCAGUCCUGUGGAAAACCGCACGUCUGCAGACGAGCUGAUGAUCAUGGCGAAGCGCAGUCAAGCGUCAAACCCUCGCGCCGUCUCCGUUGCAUACAAUGGCGAAGAUGGCCUACCACGCUUCCGCGCACCCAGCGGCAUUUCCGACAUGUACGACCCUGCGGAAGAGAAGAUACGGUUGAUGCAAGACAUCAAGCGUCUCGACGAAGAUGUUCUCGAUGGACUCAUCCGCGGUCUUAAGAUCCCUGCCCCAAGCACCACUAAUCCAUCAGCUGUUAAGGAGAUCCUUUUCCCUGCCAAUCUCAUCAGCUUGAUCACGAACGAGAUGUGGAAGUACGGGCUCAUACCUGAGAGCGAACGGUUCCUUGCCAAUGUUAUGCAAACCAUACAAUCACAUGUCAUGUCUUUCAAUGCGGAGGAUGCAAUUAUCCCUGGCAUCUUCUGGCUCUCUAACGUCCAUGAGAUGCUUUCGUUCAUCUGUGUGGCUGAAAGCGAUAUGCUCCAAGGUAUCGGCCCUGGUGAAGAGAACGCCGUCCGGCCUUUCGAAUGGACCGAUUAUGAGCGUUUGGUCUCAGUCGUGAAGCACGACCUCGACAGCUUGGAGUACAACAUCUACCACACUUGGAUGUUGGAGACGAAGAAACGCCUUUCAAAGAUGGUGAUUCCUGCUUUGAUCGAGAGUCAGUCAUUGCCCGGCUUCACUACAACUGACGGAGGCGGACGACUUUUCAACCGGCUGCUCAACUCAAACACUCCCCCCGCGUACAGCAUGGACGACAUUCUCAACCUGCUGAACAAGGUGUGGAAGAGUCUCAAGAGUUACUACAUGGAGGAUUCCGUCGUACAGCAGGUGAUUACUGAGCUUCUGAAGCUAAUCGGUGUCACCAGCUUCAACGAUCUCCUCAUGAGGCGGAAUUUCUCAUCGUGGAAACGAGCCAUGCAGAUUCAAUACAACAUCACACGGAUAGAGGAGUGGUGUAAAUCGCAUGACAUGCCGGAGGGUACUCUUCAAUUAGAACAUUUGAUGCAAGCCACCAAGUUGCUUCAAUUGAAGAAGUCUACGCCAGCAGAUAUUGAAAUUAUCUACGACGUCUGCUGGAUGCUCACGCCGACACAGAUUCAACGAAUGUGCACGAACUACUAUGUCGCAGAUUACGAAAACCCUAUCUCACCUGAGAUACUGCGUGUGGUUGCUUCACGCGUGGUUGCUAACGACCGUAAUGACCACUUACUGCUGGCGCCUGAGACUGAAGAAGUCGGACCUUACGAACUACCCCUGCCUCGGGAGGUCUCCGGACUUGAGACAUACGUGCCUGCAUACCUUAAUGUGCCCCAUCUUCGCAGAUUAGCUGCUCUGGUAGCAUGAUAUCCUCACGGCAUUCAUUCUUGGCUUGCUUUCGGUUGCUGGGAUCCCAUACCACUAUAUCAUAUAGCAUGUUGUAAACACUUUCAUUCAGGUGGUGAUCAAUUAUUAGGCGGUU